AUGAGGAAAGUUUUUAUAGUUUUUAUAUUUUUUAUUUUAUAUUUUAGUUUUAUAAUAGCUAAUGCAAAUUUAGGUAUCAAAAAAGGACUAAAGGUAUUUUUAAUACCUCACAGCCAUUGUGAUGGUGGGUGGCUGCAAGAUUUUAAGAGUUACUAUAAUAACAAAGUCCAAUAUAUAUUAACAGGUGUUGUAAAUGAAUUAAAUAAAGAUAAAGAAAAGAAAUUUAAUUGGGUGGAAAUAAAACAGUUAUCUUUCAUAACAGGGGGUUUAGUUCAAAAUGAUGAAGCUACUGCAAAUAUUGAUGAUAUUAUAGAACAAAUGACUCAGGGUCAUUUAUGGUUAAAGGAGAAUUUAAACUAUACAGUUGAAUAUGCAUGGCAAAUUGAUCCUUUUGGUUAUUCAUCUAUAACGCCUACUUUGUUUAGAAAAAUGGGAAUCAAAGGUCUGGUUAUAAAUAGAGUUUCAAACAGUGUAAAGAAUUAUAUGAGACAAAAUAGAGCUAUGGAGUUUAUAUGGAGGGGCUCUGAUACUUUAAGCAGCGAUUCAGAAAUAAUAGUCUCAACAUUAGACGACCAUUAUAGUUAUCCCAGAAUGAUUGAUCCAUACAAAUCAAAAUUAAGUGUAAAAAAGAAAGUAGAAAAAUUUGUAGAUUUUCUAAAUAGGUUAUCAACAUCCCGAAACACAAACGUACUCAUGGUUCAACUAGGUGACGAUUUCCUAUGGUCUGAUGCAGAGAAAGAGUUUAGAAUCGCACAGGAAUGGCUAGAUGUAGUUAAAAGUAAAAAGCAAAAGUAUAAUAUUGAGGAAAUUAAAUUUGCAACUUUAUCAGAGUAUUUUGAGGAGCUAAACAACCAAUUAGAAAUAGACAAAAAGCAAUUAUUUUUAUUUGAUAAGGAUUUCUUUCCAUAUGAAACAGGGAAAAAUGAUGUUUGGUCUGGUUAUUUCUCAACAAGACCUGUGUUAAAAAAACAAAUUAGGGACUCAAGCAACCUAUUAAGACAUUCCGAAAUAAUAUACACUUUUGCAAAAGCUUUAGAAUCAAAUACUACCUCCAGUCCAUUAGAUUUCCAGAGUCACCUAAACGACAAUAGAAAUAUAAUAUCUCUAUCUCAGCACCAUGAUAUUGUCACUGGUACCUCAAGAAGCUAUGUUUUAUAUGACCAGUUUAAGAAGCUCCAGGAUUUAAGUUUAAAAUCAUAUAAUAUCAUUUCCAAUUCAAUAGAAUCUCUAUUAUCUAAUAGUAACAACGAUGCUAUACCGCUACAUAAUGGCCAAAAUUUAUAUGGUUUGGAUACCUGUCUAAAUAUAAUUGAUUUAGGUGUUGAUGAUUUCUAUAGUCUUGUAUUUCAAAACUCAUUAGGAUGGUCCACUAAGCAACAUGUAUCAAUUAGGAUCAAAUCACCUAAAAAACUAAUUCCACAAUUAGAAUUUAUUGAAGCAUCCACAAAUAAAACACUUCAAAUCCAAGCACUACCAAUAAGACCAUUUAUAGAUGACGAAAAUACUGAACAAGAGUACAAUUUGAUUUCAAUUGUAAAUAUAGAUGCACUAGGUUUAAAUUCAUUCAUUUUAAAAAUUAAUAGUCAGUUAAACAACCCCUCAAUUUUGUCAAAAAUAACCAAAACAAAUAACCCAGACCAAUUGGUAUUUUCAUCAAGGAAAUAUAAAAUAGAAUUUGAUAUGAAUGGUUUCAUUAAAACAAUUAAACAUCUAUCAACUGGUCACUCAAAAACAAUAGAGCAGUCAUUUAAUCAAUAUAAAUCAAAAAAAGGAGGUGCAUAUAUUUUAAAUCCAGGUAAAAGAGAAAGAGUAUUAAAAAGAGCAGAUCAAUAUUAUAUAUAUGAUGGUCCAUUGGUUAGCCAGCUAAAUUUAUUAUAUGGUAUAGAGAGCAACUUUAAUGUAUCCUCAAUAGUUAUUCAAAGAUUAUACAAGCACCAAGAAACCUCAGGUAACGAGGACUAUUUACCAACUGAAAAUAUUAUCGAAACUGGCUAUUCAUUUAAAGGAGAAAUAAACAGAGAAAAAACAAUCAACUACAAGGUAGAGGCAUUUAGCGAAAACAAUAGUUUAUUUUUUACAGAUAAUGGUAUGGAAAAUAGAAUUAGAUACUACGAUUCAAGUGCAAAGAGACCGGAUAACUACUAUCCUGCACUGCACUUUUCAAAACUUACAGAUACUAAUAAAAACGAACAAUUUACAAUUUACAUUGACCGUUCGCUUGGAACCACAUCUCCAUCAACCGGUGAAAUUGAAAUCAUGCUACAUCGAUCAAUGAGCAAGGAUGAUAGCAAGGGUUUAUCGUGGCCAAAUAGAGACACCUCUAGAAGUGAUGGUAAAAUUUAUUUUAAUUUUGAUACCAUCGAGGCUGCAAAAUCGAACGAAAAGAAAUUGGGAUAUCAACUCGACCACUCACCAAUAUAUAUGGUUAAAAAACUAUCCAACCUUAAAAACUAUUUUGAUAGUUAUAAAACCUCCUUUUCACCACUUUUAAAAGAUUUACCAAAUGACAUUCAUUUAAUGACUCUAAAAACAUAUUCAAAUGAUAAAAUUGGAUUAAGAUUUUUUAAUUUUUAUAAAAAUAGUCAAAACCUUAACUUUAAUAAUUUAUUUAAACCAAGUUUUAAAAUCAACAAUAUAAACCAAACCAACCUAGCAUUUUUAGAUUCAAAGGAUAAUACUCAAAAAACUCAAAAAAAAAGCUUUUUAGAUAAUUUUAGUUUAAGAAAUGAUUUGAAUUUCCCUAUAAAGUCAGGUAAAUCUGAAAAUAAAUAUAUUUUUAAUCAUUUACAAAAUUUAAAUAAUAAUAACUAUAACACCAACAACCAUAAUAUAAACCCAUUAGAAAUUAAAUCAUUCACUUUACAUUUGAAAAAUAACAAUACAAACAAUAUUAUUACCAAUCAUACCAACAGCAAUGAAAAUUUAAAAAUUAAAAAAUAUGCAAGCUAUUUAAUAUUUGAUAAAAACAAGGCUUUAUAUACAUACGAUUUCUCAGUUUACCCAGUAGACUUUUCAUAUUACAAUGAUAGAGGAACCUAUGUGGAUAAUACACUCAGAAAUAUUUUAAUUUUAUCAAUCUCCAUUCCAGUUGUUGUUUUAUCUUUAGUUAUUUUAGGAAUUGUAUUAUAUAAAAAAAAAAAAAAAUCAAAAAAAUUACAAGCCACACAAAACAAUAAUAAUAAUAGCGACAAUAUUAAUAAUAAAAACGUAGACGAAGAGAAGAACGAGAACAUAGUCAAAUAA